AUGUCUGAGGUUAUUCAGUACGAUGAUAUUCAUUUGAAUCAGGGUGAGAUUGCUGGACGACUUAGAUUAGCGUCUAGUGGACUUGGAUGGAAAGAAUCAAAUUCAGAGGAGCCAUAUAUAGUAUCUGCAAGUGAUAUACGUAAAGCUCAAUGGUCUCGAGCAGCACGAGGUUUUGAAUUAAAGUUAACUCUCCGUAAUGGUGGGUUUGUCCAAUUGGAUGGAUUUGAAGAUGAUGAUCUUGAUACUUUGCGUAAAACUAUUAAAAAGUAUUUUGAUGUUAUUUUGGAGCAACGAGAACAUUCUUUAAAAGGAUGGAAUUGGGGAAAAACAGAGUUUUCUGGCUCUGAACUUUUGUUUAAUGUAUCAAACAAACCUGCAUUCGAAAUACCUUUAUCAAGUAUAUCUAAUACUAAUCUUUCCGGAAAGAAUGAAGUUAGUCUUGAAUUUUCGUUGUUUGGAAAUGAGAGUGAUAUGGGAAAAUUAGAAAAUCAAGUAGUAAAAGAUGCAACAAUACAAGAUCAGCUUGUUGAAAUGAGAUUUUAUAUCCCUGGUAUGACAACUACAGGAAGUGAAGAAAAUAGUGAAAGUGUUAAUAGUGCAUCUGUAUUUUAUGAGACUCUAAAGGAUAAGGCCGACAUAGGCCAAGUUUCUGGGGAAAGUAUUGUUUCUUUUUCUGAUGUUUUAUUUCUUACACCUCGUGGUAGAUAUGAUGUUGAUAUGUAUUCGUUAUUUCUUCGACUACGUGGUAAGACUUAUGACUAUAAAAUAUACUAUUCUUCAUUUGUUAAAUUAUUUCUUCUUCCAAAACCCGAUGACAUGCAUGUAGUUUUUGUUAUGGGAUUAGAUCCACCUCUUCGCCAAGGUCAAACUGAAUAUCCAUUUUUGGUUAUUCAAUUUAUGCGUGAAGAAGAAAUGGAAGUAGAAUUAAAUCUUGAAGAUUCUGAAUUUCAGGAAAAAUAUUCUGAAAAAUUAAAGAAGAAAUAUGAUCAGCUUGCAUAUGAAGUUGUAAGUCAGAUAUUUUAUGGAUUAACUAGUAGAAAAAUUAUAACUCCUUCUACUUUUAGAAGUUAUCGUGACCAUGCAGCUGUUAAAUGUUCUAUGAAAGCAAGCGAAGGGAAUCUUUUUUGUCUUGAUAGGAGUUUUUUGUUUAUUCCUAAGCCCUCAAUAUGGAUUCCUAUGUCUGAGAUUUCUCACGUUACACUUUCUCGUAUUAACACUUCUCUAUCUGCAUCUCGUACUUUUGACCUUACUUUUUCGCUUAAAGGGGGUGUUUAUUAUCAAUUUUCUAAUAUAAAUAGAGAAGAGCAAAAACUUCUUGAAGAUUUUAUAAAGUCAAAGAAUAUUAAAAUAAAAAAUGAUCUUAAUGAUGAUUCUCAAGCUAUACUUACUGCUUUGGAUGAUGAAUUGUCAGAUGACGAUCAUAGUAUACCAAUAAGUGAUGAUGGUGAAAGUCCAGAUGAUGAUUUUGAAGCGGAGAGUGAUAGUGAUGUUGCUGAAGAAUAUGAUGAAAAUGUUGAGUCGAGUAAAGAUUCGGGUGAGGAGGACGGGCCAAAAUCUAAAAAAAUGAAAUCAAAAUGA